CGUGAACGCGCGCUCCCGAGAGGCGGAGACCGUCAAAGAAGCAGGAGCAGCUGGAAGUAAGUCGGCUCUGAGUGAGGCGAAGGUAAGAGACUUCAUAAGCAAUAAUGUUGCGCACUAACCUUAUGGGACGCAUCCAGAACCCUCCUCAACCCCCAGCAUCCGCACUAGGAAUUUCAAAGGUGCUUACAGCCAUCCUGCCCAUUGCUCAGAUUGCAGUUGGGGCAAAAUACCUGGAUCAAUGUCCACAGCAGCACUACAUCCCCAUCUAUCUGAUAGUGGUGGGAGUCUUUAGCCUGAUUGUGGCAUUGCUGGCCUGCCUGCCCUGCGCCAAGGAGCGUGAAGACGGCACCUCCAACCCGCUGAGCUGGAUCUGCAGAACCUGGAACUCACUGAUAUCCUUCUUUAUUUUCUGCUGGUUUAUUGCUGGUAAUGUGUGGAUCUAUUCUAUUUAUGAGCCCAACUAUGAGAAAAACACAACACAUCCGGUCCCCUACUGCAACAAGACCCUGUACCUGUUUGCCUUCUGGACCACCACCUUGGCCUACAUCCUGCUCGGUGUGUUCUUCGUGUGCGGCUGCUUGGUCCUCAUCUGCGCCUGCCUGUGUGGCAUUGCCGACCCCGACGACAACGUGUAGAGACUUUUGGAAACAAUGAGGAAUUUGGGAGGCACGCAACAGAUUUGCUUCUGAAGUAUUUACUGUCAAACACACUUGAGUCACACGUUUUUGUACUUUUGGAAAUAUGUUCUUAAAAAAACAGUAGGGUAAAUACAGAGCAUGAAUUGGAGUGAUUUUUAUAUCAACGCUUUAGUGUUAAAGUGACAAAUUAAUGGUUCAUAACUAGUCAUAAACCUUGUGUUAAAGAUGGAAAGCUUUUGGUAGGUACCUGAUUGACUGAGAUGAUUCUAGUGUGUUGUCCUUGCUGAGCAUUUUUCACCUGUGCAGCAGUUACUGUUUGUAGGAAGUUCACUUUGAACAUCUGGGGCUGAUACAGGUGUUUAAGAGUUUGGCUGUCACUAAACUGCAGAUAAAUAUCAAACACUGGCAGUGUUUCCCACCAUCAUAUUCAGGUAGGGAUGUAUUAAAAAUCUUCCUCAUCAUGCAUGACACUAAACACUGUUUGUCAUACUUUAUAAGCCUGUGAGGUGUCUGUUUACUUUCUGUGGAAAUCAGGACUUCUUUGCUUGCCUCUCUGGUUUAUGCUGUAUAAAAUUUACUCACAACAUUAAAUUUGUAUCAGAGAUUUAUUGCUGUAAAUUAUGUUUCAUGAAUCUUGAGAUUUAUAGUCAGAGGUGAUGUAUUUUGUCAUCUGAAGAAUAAAAAUGAAAGAGAAAUAAAUGAGUGGGAAGCUUUCAUG